AUGCACCUCAUUUCCCUCAACAUUCCUGACCUCUUGAUCCCACUUUGGCGUGGCACAUUCGAAUGUGACACUGACGAUGACAAGUCUACCUGGACCUGGGCAGUUCUCACUGGAACUGUUUGGAAGGAUUUUGGCAAGGCCAUCACUGCAACUACCCCACAUCUCCCAGGUUUCUUUGACCGCCCACCUCGUAACCCAGCUGAAAAAAUCAACAGUGGCUACAAGGCAUGGGAGUACACCCUCCUCCUGUAUGGGAUAGGUCCUUUGGUUCUUCACAACGUCCUCCCACUUUUUUACUGGCAACAUUUCUGUAAACUCGUUGGCGCUGUCCGCAUAAUUUCGCAGCACAACAUCACACGCAAGGAGCUUCAGGUUGCUGCUAGGUUAUUUGUUGAAUUUAUUGAGGAAUUCGAGCAGCUCUACUAUCAGCGCAGGAUAGAUCGAAUUCACUUCGUACGGCAAAGUAUUCACGCCCUCAGACAUUAUGCCAAUGAAGUCGCAACCAAAGGCCCACUCAUAUGUGCUUCACAGUGGACUAUGGAGCGAACCAUUGGGAACAUUGUUGGCGAGAUUCGUCAGCCAUCGAACCCAUACUCUAACCUUGCACAGCGUGCCAUUCGUCGAGCUCAACACAAUUCAUUGAUGGUAAUGAUCCCAACUCUCGAUCCUGACUAUGGACAACCCUUAUUUCUGAGGUGGUCUAAGGACCUUGGAAAUGGGUAUGCUUUACUGAAGCUACAGGAACGCUCUCGCCAUGCUACCACUUUUGCUGAGGGUUCCACAAUCAAGACCUUCCUUGAUGCACACUAUCCACAUUCUCCUGAGUAUGCCUUCUUUGAUCCGCAUUGGUGCUUCCGUGUUUGUCGUUGGGCUCGCCUCCGACUUCCCAAUGGACAAACAUGCUGCUCAGUCUUUUCACGGAGAGAAACUCGAGCAAAUGCUCAACGUGCCCGCAAUGUAAAGGUAUGCAUGUCUUUAGCUCCAUCUUACAUUCUCACCACCUUAUACUUUGCCGAAGUGCUGUUUUUCUUUGAGAUCAGAACUCACCCUGAUGUACACGCUCUUGAACCUCUCGCUCUUGUCACCAUCUACUCUCCUCCUGACCGGGCUCUCUUAUGGGACUCAAGUGACACAUUCUAUUCCUGCACGCACCAUGGGGAAGUAGGACUUAGGGUAGUUAAGGUUCCAUCCAUACAGUCCGUCGUUGCAAUGGUUCCACACACACUUGCAGGAGAGGAAAGAUUCUACAUGUUUGAGAAGCCUGGGAUGGAUCUUGCAAACCUAGGGGGGAUCCUUUGGGAUGAGGAUGACGAGGAUCACCAGCCUACGUAA